GCCGCCGCCAUUGGAGUCGGCGCCUCGUCCGUGUGUGCGGUUCCUGUUCACCGCGCACGGUCGCGCCCCGCGAGCGGCCCGCGCGCCCAUCAGCCGCUGCCGCCGCCGCCGCCCGGCCAGCGCCCGGGGAGGGGGCGGCGGGCCCGGAGCCGCGAGAGCGCGGGUGACAGGCCCGGCCUCGCGGGAGGCCCGAGCCGGCGGGCGCCCCGGCCCCGCGCCGCGCCGGCUGUUCAUGAAGUAUGUCGGCCACCAGCGUGGACCCCCAGAGAAGCAAAGGACAAGAUAAUAAAGUGCAAAAUGGUUCUUUGCAUCAGAAGGACACGGUCCAUGACAAUGACUUCGAGCCCUACCUUUCUGGACAGUCGAGUCAGAGCAACAGCUACCCCUCCAUGGCCGACCCCUACCUGUCCAGCUAUUACCCGCCGUCCAUCGGAUUCCCGUACUCCCUCAAUGAGGCGCCGUGGUCGACCGGAGGGGACCCUCCCAUCCCGUACCUCACCACCUACGGACAGCUCAGCAACGGCGACCACCACUUUGUGCAUGAUGCUGUGUUUGGGCAGCCAGGGGGCCUGGGGAACAGCAUCUACCCGCACAGGUUUAAUUUCUUCCCCGAGAACCCUGCCUUUUCGGCCUGGGGGACGAGCGGCUCGCAGGGGCAGCAGGCCCAGAGCUCCGCCUAUGGGAGCAGCUACACCUACCCGCCGAGCUCCCUGGGCGGCACGCUGGUGGACGGGCAGACGGGCUUUCACGGCGACUCCCUCAGCAAGGCCCCUGGGAUGAACAGCCUGGAGCAGGGCAUGGUGGGCCUGAAGAUCGGCGACGUCACCUCCUCUGCGGUCAAGACGGUGGGGUCGGUCGUCAGCAGCGUGGCCAUGGCCGGCAUGCUCUCCGGCAGCGGCGGGGCAAACGUAAACCUGCCGGUUUCGAAGCCGACUUCGUGGGCCGCCAUCGCCAGCAAGCCGGCCAAGCCGCAGCCGAAAAUGAAAGUCAAGGGCGGGCCCGUCCUCGGGGCUGCGCUGCCCCCUCCGCCCAUAAAGCACAACAUGGACAUCGGCACCUGGGACAGCAAGGGGCCCAUGCCCAAGGCGCCGGCCCCCCAGCCUCAGCCGGCCCCCCAGCCUCAGCCGGUGGUGCAGCCUCUGCCUGGCCCGCCCCCGCCUUUGGCCCCGCCGCAGUAUCAGAGCCCACAGCCGCCCCCCCAGACCCGCUGGGUCGCCCCGCGCAGCCGGAACGCGGCGUUCGGGCAGAGCCCGGGCUCGGGGGGCGAGAGCCAUGCCCCCGGCGGCGCCCCGCCCAGCUGCGGCCCGAGCGCGGAGCCCCACCCGGUCCUGGAGAAACUGAAGGCCGCCCACAGCUACAACCCGAAGGAGUUCGACUGGAACCUGCGCAGCGGGCGUGUGUUCAUCAUCAAGAGCUACUCGGAGGACGACGUGCACCGGUCCAUCAAGUACUCCAUCUGGUGCAGCACCGAGCACGGCAACAAGCGCCUGGACGGCGCCUUCCGCUCCCUCAGCAGCAAGGGGCCCGUCUACCUGCUCUUCAGCGUCAACGGCAGCGGCCACUUCUGCGGGGUGGCCGAGAUGAAGUCGCCCGUGGACUAUGGCACCAGCGCCGGGGUCUGGUCUCAGGACAAGUGGAAGGGCAAGUUCGACGUGAAGUGGAUUUUUGUCAAGGACGUGCCCAACAACCAGCUCCGGCACAUCCGGCUGGAGAACAACGACAACAAACCGGUCACAAACUCCCGUGACACUCAGGAGGUGCCCUUGGAGAAAGCAAAGCAAGUGCUGAAGAUCAUCGCCUCCUACAAACACACCACCUCCAUCUUCGACGACUUCUCCCACUACGAGAAGCGCCAGGAGGAGGAGGAGGUGGUGCGCAAGGAACGGCAGAAUCGGAACAAACAGUGAGGGCGACCCGCCAGCUUCUCGAAAGACCUGGUGUUCGGCGGACCGUGUGCUUGGUGCUGCGUCCCGGCGGCAGCCCCGCCGCCCUCCCGCGCAGGCCCCGUGCGCCCCGCGCCCCGUUGGGCGCGCCGCCAGGCGGCCUGGCCCGUGCACCUUCCCCGCGUGGCAGUGCCGUAGACCUCGCUAAUAAAGGGCGUUCUCCCCGGCCCGUCAGCCAGGUCGACCCAGCGCGGAGCAUAAGUAUCUUAAAAACAAAAGGCCUGACACGUCCCAAAGAUUUUUUCCGGCAGAAGUUGCGUUCUCAUUCCUGUGUUCACAGUCACUUAACGUCCCUCUUUGCGAGUGUUUCCCACCCUGUUGCUUCGUAGUGAAUGUGACAAGCGAGUUGCUCUGCCACGUCGUGUGUGUUUCAGACACUUCCCUCCGAGCGCUGACACCGCGCGGCCGACCCCCGGCGGGCUGGCCGGCCGCACUCGCCCUCGGUCCGGUCUCCAGAGCUGAGCUGCC